AUGCCACGCAGUGAAGGACACAUUGGGGAUUCAGAUAAGAACUCAAUGGAGUUAAUGCUCAUGUACAAACGGAGUUUACUUGCAAAGAGCAAGCUUGCCACUAUAUCUAGAAGUAGGGAAGGAACUCAAUACACAUGUGUGGAGUGCUCUGCUCAGUAUGAUGAUAAGGAAAAAUUAGAACUACAUCUAUUUUCUCACUAUCAUGCCUAUAGAUUUUUGUGUGGUGUUUGUGGGACUGGUUUAAAACGCAAGGAACACUUAGAUAGACACAUGCAGGAACAUACUGAGUACAGGCCACAUGUGUGCCCGGAAUGUGGCAAAGCAUUUAAAAGAAAAGAACACCUUAACAUACAUAGCUCUAUACAUAAGGGUAAUAAAAAUUUAGCCUGUUCACUUUGUAAUAAAACAUUCUAUAGAAAGGAUCAUUUACAAAAACAUUUACAAACCCACAACAAACAUUUCAUGGAGGUCAAUAUCAAUCCAGUGAGCGAUCAAGAGCUGGAUAUAAAGCAAGAAGUAGAAGACUGCGAAGAACUUAGUCCGAUCAUUACAAGUGUUAAAGGAAAUGCUCAUGUUGAGUCCUCCACAGAGAUGGAUGAACAAACAGACGAUUCACAAUCAGAACAAAUGCAAAACGAUAUGGUAGUGGUGUUCGACAGCGCGAGACCCUACAUGUGCUCUGUCUGCGGGAAGAGCUAUAAGAGGAAAGAUCACUUGAAAAUACAUAGUUGGACCCACAAGAAGAAGGAAGUACUUUGCGGGCAGUGUGGGAAAGCAUUUCACACAGAAGACCAAAUGCUUGUGCACGUGAACUUAGUGCACAUCAGAUCACACGAGGCCAACACAGGUGUACAGAAGCUACAAGCCCUGCUUGGUGAUGAGAUCGACGUCGAAGUUAUUGACGACACUCCCAGUCUACUGGUGCCUAGAAAAACUAUCAUACCUGAGUAUCGACCCCACGAAUGUCCCAUUUGUCACCGUAAGUUCAAAAGGAAACAGCAUCUUAAAGUGCAUUCCAAUGUUCAUUUAAAAGUCUCAACAUCGCCAACCGUCAAUACUAUCUGGUGCUCAAUGUGUAGUGAAGGUUUCAGUGAUAAUGCUCAAUUUGAAAACCACAGCUGUCAAUGGGCGAACCACAACGACAGUAUGAAUAGUGAAAAUGAUCAGAUCAAUGAAAUGGAUCAGAACAAUGAAUACGAACAGACUGAUCUCAGUCAAACAGAGUGCAGUUCUCCUCAAGACACUAAAAAGGAGAAUAAUCCUAUCGAAUUUGUUGAGGUUAUUGUGAACGAGCCGAGCGAACUCCACGACGAAGAAGCCAACAUCCCGAUGCCCCGCAAGGUGUACGUGUGCAAGUACUGCAACAAACCGUUCAAGAGAAAAGAUCACUACAAAAUACAUCUGCACAUACACACCGGUAUCAAGUCCUUCUUCUGUCCAGAUUGUGGGAAAGGUUUCUAUAGAAAAGACCAUCUGCAAAAGCACAUGAUAGUGCAUGCGAGGAUCAAACGCCGGCCGCCGCCGAAAAAGGAAAUACCCGGUCUCUAUCCUAUAGAAAUGCACCCCAAGAAAGAAAUUAAACCCGAGAUUACAAUACAUGCACCAUCGAACUCUAAAAUCCGUGUGCCGCUGCAGAUCAAGGUCCCCUACCAAAUGGUGAUGUCCUUAGACAACGGCGAGCAGAGAGCAGUCACAAUAGAUCCCCAGGCUGAAUCAGAU